AUGGAUAAACAGCAAUUUGAAGAACAAUGCGCCAAUUUAAUUAGAUUCUUGUUUAAAUCUUCAAACAAAAAACUCAAGAGCAUUACUUUUGACAUGAAUAAGAACAAAUAUUCAGCACAUUUAAACGAUAAUGAACGUCUAGCAAGUUUCAAAAGCUUAGAAAUUAAGAAUGAU